CGAGUGGCGCUUGGUAUGGGGCAUGGAAAGCCGGGUGUAGUUGGUUUACAGGCCCUUUAACCGGUGGUGGCCGGAUCCUCAUCGGCAACAUUGUACCCGCACUUCCACGAUUCGGCGUCAUUUUUUAUCGUGGCAAGAAACAGAUUUGGUGCAGGUUCUGAAGAAUGGAACAGGAACAGGAGAAACUUCUCAGUAUGCUCUUUGAUGGUGACUUCCCAGACCAUUGGAAGGAUGACGUCGAUGUAGCUGUCUUUCUACGAAACUUUGCGUCACUUGGAAUUGACCAGAUUUCAAGGGAACCCGAUCAACUGAAGGAUGACAAGCGGGCUGUUCUCCAGCAGACACAGGAUCUUGCUUUUUCACACUACAAGACAUUCAUUAGAACUGCACAUUGUUCAAAAGAUCUUUAUGAUGAUAUGAAUACUGCAGAGAAGAAACUUGAAGGGAUUUUGAAUGUCUUGCCUCAAAUGCAGGAGAAAACAAAGUUGUUUAUUGAUAAGGGAAGUGAACUGAAUGGGAAACGGAGGUUGAACAGCCUGACACUUGCAAAACAUACAGGACUACUGGAGUUACUUGAACUUCCUCAAAUUAUGGAGUCCUGUGUGAGGAGUUCUUAUUAUGAAGAAGCUCUUGAGUUGUCUGCUUUUGUUAAACGAUUGGAGAAAAAGCACUCCCACAUAUCUGCAAUUGCUGGUAUAGUGAAAGAGGUUCAGCAUAGCAACCAGAUGAUGCUGAUGCAGCUAUUGACCCAACUCAGGAAGGAUAUCCAACUGCCCCAGUGUCUCAAGGUCAUCGGAUACAUACGCCGAAUGGAUGUUUUCUCUGAAACUCAACUCCGAAUCAAAUUCCUUCAAGCCCGCAAUUCCUGGUUGUCUGGCAUACUCUCUGCAAUCUCCAGGGAUGAUCGUUAUCAUCACAUGACGAGGACACUAGAGCUCUAUCGUGUCCACCUCUUUGACAUCCUUACUCAGUACCGUGCUUUAUUCAGUGAGGACCCCCAACCCAUCUUCACCAGCUUCCUUCAACACAAGGUAUCCGAGUUAUUGAAGACUUUGGAGGAGGAUUUGUUAGAAGGAGGUGGAAACAUGCGAACUGAUUCAUUGUUGGGACAAGCCAUGUAUUUUGGCUUGAGCCUAAGCCGAAUGGGAGGAGAUUUCAGGGCUCUUCUCCCAAAAAUCUUUCAAGAUGCUGCCAUCAGAUCCUUGAAGAAUUCUCUUGCAGAUGCUAAUAUGAAAUUCCAGGAUGGGCUGUCCCUUUUAUUUCUAAAUGCUCCUGCCAAUAUGCCCUGCCUUCUCUCUAGCACAAUGGCCUCCUCUCAGGAUGAUCUGCAUCCACCACUGAGUCUCCUGGAAUUCUAUCCAUUGGCGGAAUACACAAAUAGUGUCCUCGGGGCAUUCAACGACUUGCGUCUCUGCUGUCCCCUAUCCUGUGUGCUUCCGGUCACAGAAGCCGUGACGAUGAGCCUCGAAGAUGCCGCUUCUGCCGUUCGGGAUUUGCAGCGCCAGGAGGAAUCCAGUCUGAACGCAAGUGAACGCGAACUUCUGAAGAACUUCAUUGACCGCUUCUCCUCCAUUCUCCUGCCUUACAUUGGACGUUGUUUUCAAGCCCUUUUUCCCCUCUCACAACUCUCCUCUGUCUUGGGAGUCUCUCCUCAACAGCUCAAAGCAGAGGGACUAGGGAUUUUGGAUGAAGAAAGAGUGAGGGGCCUUCUUCAUUCCACCAACUCUGCUCUUAUAUUGGCAUGAGUGGAUUGCUUCACAUUGUGAUAUCCUUGUGUCCAUUGACUCCUUUGGGUCUGGUUCAGGUUUCUUUUUACUAUUUAAUCCAAAAUGAUGCACUGCCAAUAGAUAUUUAUGGUUUAGGUGAAAACCUUUUCUUCGUCCUCAACAAUGAAGUAGG